AUGGGGAAGAAGCGGAAUUUUAAGAAGGGCUCCAAAGGAGGUUCCCGCGGCACUCGACCAGCUAACUAUUCGUCGACUUUGGUUCGGGAGAAUGAAAACUACGAGAAAUAUUAUAAUUCGCUUCAGAUAGUUCCGGAAGAAGAGAAACAAGCCUUUUGGGAUGCUUUACGGCGCGAUUUGCCCAACAGCUUCCGCUUCACCGGGUCUAGGAGCCAUGCUCUUGCUUUACAACAACGAUUGAAGGACUAUUAUAUCCCCAAUAUCACAUCAAUUCGAUACGAAGGCGAGCUAGUCGAACCCCCGAAGCCAGUGCCAUGGUACCCAGAACAGCUGGCCUGGUCAAUGACCACCCCAAAGAGCGUCGUCCGCCGGUUCGCGCCCUUUUCGUCGUUCCAGAAAUUUCUUGUUUCAGAAACGGAGGUUGGCAAUAUCAGUCGGCAGGAAGUUGUGAGCAUGAUUCCGCCACUUCUACUUGAUGUGCGACCUGGUAUGGUGGUGCUGGAUAUGUGCGCUGCGCCAGGGAGCAAGUCCGCACAAUUGAUGGAGAUGAUUCAUGCCGGUGAGGAAGAGCGGAUGGCAAAGAUAUCGCAAAAACUGGAAACCACGGAUGAAACCACAAGACAAAACGGCGUGAAGGUCGCGGAUCUCUUGGACGGGGAGCCUGAAGCAGCGGAAACAGAGGCAGCAGAGGAUGAUGGGAGGUCUACCGGUCUACUCAUUGCGAAUGAUAGUGACUACAAGCGGGCUCACUUGUUGAUUCAUCAAAUGAAGCGGCUAAAUUCGCCGAACUUGCUUGUCACAAACCAUGAUGCAACUGUGUAUCCUUCUAUUAAACUACCGGCUGUAUCUGCAGAUGGCCAGCCCGCGAAGAACCGAUAUCUCAAGUUUGACCGUAUCCUAGCAGAUGUACCCUGCUCAGGAGAUGGAACCACCAGAAAGAACUUCAACCUAUGGAAGGAUUGGAACCCUGCGAAUGGCAUUGGACUGUUUGUCACUCAAGCCCGCAUCUUGUUCCGCGCCUUACAGAUGCUUAAGGUUGGAGGCCGUGUAGUUUACUCUACAUGCAGCAUGAACCCCAUCGAGAACGAAGCUAUUAUUGCCCAUGUCAUUGACCGAUGUGGUGGGUCUAGCAAGGUUGAGAUUGUGAACUGCGAAAAGGAGCUCCCUGAGCUGAAGAGACGGCCGGGUCUGACGACAUGGAAAAUCAUGGAUAAGACUGGGCGUAUAUAUGAGAACUGGCCAGAGGCGGAGGAGGAAGUGCGGAAACUCAACCCGGCGGCCAGCCGACUUGUGGAAGGCAUGUUCCCGCCGUCUGGAGUUGCGGAUGUUGGUGAUCUAACGCGAUGUAUGCGUGUUUACCCUCAUAUGCAGGACACCGGUGGUUUUUUCAUUACUGUUCUUGAAAAGAAGCGAGAGAUCAAGGUGAAACCUGAUGCUACUAAAGCGGCUACGGCUACGGCUACAGCUACGGGUACUUCCCAGGUUGGUACUCCUGCGGCGGCAUCAGACUCAGCCGCGGCAGAGAAAAAUGGCGAACACCAGCCAUUGGUACCUGCAAACGGCAGUGCUGCUGAUGCCGAACAAGAUGCAACAGUAGCUACACUGAAAAGAGGUUCCGAUGACCUGGAAGAGCCCCAAGCUAAACGGACAAAGGUUACCGAGCCCACCCAGGAGGAAGCAGACAAGGUAUCAGACGCCAAACCAGUACAAACGGAGAUAAAAGAUACGCCUGCAGUUUCGACUGUGGCGGCGCCUAAGCCAAAACGCAAGCAACAGACCUCUUUCGAAGAACCGUUCAAAUAUCUCGACCCUAACCGCGAGGACCUCGAAGAGAUCUUCAAGUACUUUAGACUAUCCCCCCAAUUCCCCCGUGAUCGAUUUAUGGUCCGCAAUGCCGAGGGCCGGCCCGCAAAAACCAUAUACUACACGACAGUUCUAGCUCGAGAUAUCCUGACCGAGAAUGAAAGCUCAGGAAUGAAGUUCGUACACUGCGGUGUUAAAAUGUUUGUUAAACAGGACGUGCAGAAGCCCGACGUCUGUCCCUGGAGAAUACAGAUGGAGGGUUUGCCGGUGAUAGAGUCAUGGGUGGGCAUGGACCGGGUGGUCAAGAUGUACACGAAACCCACACUCAGGAAGCUUCUGGUAGAGAUGUUCCCCAAGGUAAAUGACGGGGGAUGGAAAGAGCUGGGUGAGAUUGGUGAGAGAGUCAGGGAUAUGGAUAUGGGAUGCUACAUCCUGCGACUAGAAGCAAGUGACAAGGAGGAUGGAUUCCGAGAACGCAUGGUCUUCCCCCUAUGGCGAAGCGCCUUCUCGGUGAAUCUCAUGCUGCCCAAGGAGGAGCGACGUGCUGUACUACUGCGUCUCUUCGACGACGAUACACCGCUAGUCAACUCGACGCAAAAACAAGAGGCGGCUGCAGCCAAGGCUAAAGAAGGGAUUAAUGUCGCCGAGUACGAUUCUGAGCCGGAGGUAAAUGGUGGGGGGAAUGGCGAGGAGAAUGGCGAGGCAGAGGCUGAUGAGAUGGACGCUGAUCUGGACGCUGGAAUAGAGGCUCCAGCAGAUGUAGCUGGUGAUGCUGAGGCUGCCCAGCAAGCAGCAUAA